AUGUCUACUCGAGGCAGAGGUGUUCCUCAGCAGGUUUUGACAAAUUCGUUUGUCAUUUCGAAGCUGCCGACGAGGACGCGCUACUAUCAGUACGAAGGUAAGCUUCACUCUUACUACAAUGACACAGCGGUUGAACUUCAUAUAGUUUCGAUCUCCGGUAACGGGAAGGAUAUGAAGAACCCUCGAAGGAGGACUGAGGUCUUCGAGCGCCUUCAAAACCACACCGAUCCAAAGUUGUUUACCCCGCGCUGUAUCUUCGAUGGCGCCGUUAUUAUGUACUGUCCCCGUGAGCUUCCCUUGUCGGGCGGGGACUCCCAAACCUUCGAAGUCAACAUGUCGAACAAACCCCGAACGGAUGGCUCUGCCCCGACCCGCGGGAUCGUACAGGUAUACCUGAAGAAGGUCGCUGCCGACCCGAUCGACUUUAGCGGUUUGCAAGCAUUCAUCGACGGAAAACAGACCAAGCAGACUCCUCAGGUCUUGACAGCGAUCAAUGUCCUGCAACUGAUCAUUCGCCAGGCACCGAAUCUUAAAUAUCCGAACAACACGCGUGCAUUUUUUACCAAAGACGCCGGGGUACAGACCCUAGGUGGAGGUUUAGAAUUGUGGCGCGGAUACUUCCAGAGUGUGCGCCCUACCAUUGGAAAGGUUCUGGUGAACAUUGAUGUGUCGACAGCGGUUAUGUUCAAGCAGGGUAGCUUUCAGACCGCCGCUCUUGCUGUUCUCAAGCAGAACGACGUCCGUGCGCUGGAACUCCGCCCAGAUUCCCCGCAAUUCAGGCAGUUGAAGAACUUCUUCAAGGGCAUUUCUGUCACGCUCGUCCACCGGCCGGGUCUCAAAAAGAUUCGGGGAUUGGUUUCUAACGCUGGAAACUUUGAGUUCGAGAACACGACGGUCAAGGACUACUUCAACAAAGCUUGGAAUCGCCCACUAAGCUAUCCAAACAUCAUCGGCAUUCAAGUUGGAUCAAAGGACAGGGAUGAAGUCAUCCCAGCGGAAAUGUGUGCUAUCGCACCCGACCAGCGUUACACGCGAAAACUUCCUCCCGAAUUCUCACCGAUGAUGGUUAAGUUUUCUUCCAAGAACCCACAUGAACGCCUGGCGCUCAUCAGCGCUGGCAUUAGCAACGCAAUUACGACCGACCAACGCUCUGCCCUGGAUUAUCAGAAUUCGCCGUUCUUGCAAGACGCGGGGAUCACUGUAUCUCCCGACCCUAUCUUGGUCACUGGACGUGUCCUUCCCACGCCGAAAAUCCAUUACGGCAAUGCUGCCGCUAGUAGACCGGUGCAACCACGAAAUGGUUCUUGGAACGUCAUCGACCAGGUUUUCCAUGAGCCGAAGAGUCUAUCGUCCUGGGGGAUUCUCAAUUACUCAAGGGUUAAUGACCAAACAAUCAAUCGCUUUGUCAACACUUUGCUCAACGCAUGCAAGAAACUUGGAAUGAAUGUAUCCCCACCUGCGGCGAGCCAAUCUUGUGCUGGCGCAUCGUCUGUGGUAAACGACAUGAGAUCGCUUAAAAAUGCCGUCAGCAGCAGGAUAGGUAAAGAUCCGGAGAUGGUAUUGGCCAUCCUGCCGACAAGCUCGACGGACAUUUAUCACGCUAUUAAGUCGUUCGGUGAUGUUAUUGCUGGUUUCCCAACACAGUGUGUCCGAGAGAACAAGAUCGAGAGAGCAAAUGAUCAGUAUUGUGCGAAUCUAGGCAUGAAGAUCAAUGCCAAACUUGGAGGCGUCAAUUCAUUACCAAGGUCAGGUGCGUUGGAGAAGCUCAUGAGCGCUCCGUUCAUGAUUAUGGGUGCCGAUGUAGGGCAUCCCGCACCUGGCAUGAUCAACCAGCCCUCUGUGGCAUCUCUCGUCUACUCAUUUGAUCGGUAUGCUGCACGGUACGAAUCGAUGAUGUCGGUUCAACACCCCCGCCAAGAAAAAAUUGACGAAUUACGCAAAUUAGUAUAUCGUGCGAUCUUCGAGUUUGGCGAGCGUAACAGGGCCGCACCCGUACGCAUCAUUUUCUUCCGAGAUGGCCUUUCCGAAGGAGAAUACGCGCUCACGGGACAAGAGGAGAUUGAGGAUAUCACAGGGGCGAUCGAUGACAUCUGGCGGGACAAAGGCAUAAAGGGCGCGAAACCUGAACUGACUUUCAUCGUCGUAGGUAAACGACACCAUGUCCGAUUCUUCCCAAGGAACAGGAACGAUGCGGACAAGUCUGGUAACUGUCCCGCAGGAUUUGUUGCCGAUCAAGGAGUGGGAAAUCCAGCAGUGCGCGACUUUUACUUACAAUCGCACGGCGGUCUCCUCGGAACUAGUAGGCCGAGUCAUUAUAUUACGCUCAGGGACGACGUGUAUAAGCACAACACAGACGACCUGCAGGAGCUCGCAUUUACGUUGUGCCAUUCUUACGCGCGUGCGACGCGUUCCGUCUCGAUUCCGGCUCCCGUUUAUUACGCCGAUGCAAGUAUCCCAUCCCAUCCUAUCGUCUGCGCGCGUGGCGCGUUCCAUUUCAACCCCGCCAUGGGUUUCGACGCUGCUACUAUCUCUAGCCAUGACGACGCCUUCGACCUUGAACGCUGGAGGAAAAAUUUCAAAGACAAACACGCUAAUUUGGCGAAGAAGAUGCAUUUCAUGUGA